CUCAAUUUGAAAGUCAUGCAAACGUGUUCUAAAGCGGGAGUCAUUUGGCUGCACGGACUCGGCGACUCUGGUGCUGGGUGGAGCAGCCUUCGUCACGAGUUCUCCCACCUGAGCCACAUCACCUGGGAGUUCCCAAACGCCCCCACGAACUACGUGACAUGCAACGGCGGCCCAACUCCGUCGUGGUUUGAUCUACACGAGAUUCCCCUCUCCCCUUCGUCCGCACCAAAUGAACCGUUGAAGGGACUGACUGAGUCCGUGAAGAAGGUUCAUGACGCUAUCGCGCGCUUCGAUGCAGCUGGCAUUCCGUCGGACCGCAUUGUUCUCGGUGGGUUCAGUCAAGGCGCACUCCUUGCCGUGUACUCCAGUCUCCAACUCGAAGCCCCCCUUGCCGGCGUUGUCGGGCUAAGUGGCUGGUUACCGUCUGAAACGUACCUUCAGUCGCUUCCGCCAAAGUCGCUCAAUGUCUUAAUCGGCCACGGAAGCGCUGACAACAUCGUGGAGUACCCGCUGGGUCGCAUCUUUGCCGAUCGACUGACGUCGUUGGGCCACCAGGUUCAGUUUGAGACGUAUCGCGGCAUGGCACAUUCUCAAUGUGAGCAAGAAAUGAAGGAUCUCGAGGCAUUUCUGAAGAAGGUGCUGCCGUGAGUUACCAUCCUAGGAUUAGCAAAAUCGCUUUCUACGUAGUAGUUUGAAGUAAAAGGAUAUACUGCUAACAUUACUUGUAUAUUGCAA